GCGCUUCGCUUCGCAGUCUGCCACCAAUCACAUCCAUCUCACAGUCACACUCGAGUCCUGACCCGACGAUUUCUUUGUAAAAGGCCAUGGCCAUGGCCAUGGCCAUGGCUAGGGCGGUGGCGAUGUGCGCGGUGCUGACGGUGAUGAUGGUGGCGCCAUCGGCGGUGGUGGGGAGGGCGAUGGCGCCGGCCAGGGCGUUGGCGGCGGACCAGACGUGCGACGUGGGGAAGUUGAUCCCGUGCGGGCCGGCGAUCAUCGGCGGGACGCCGCCGUCGGACUCGUGCUGCUCGAACCUCAAGGCGCAGGAAGGGUGCUUCUGCCAGUACGCGAAGGACCCGGCUUACUCCGGCUAUAUCGACAGCCCCAACGCCCGCAAGACCCUCGCCUCCUGUGGCAUCACCCUCCCCACCUGUCCGCGGUAGUAACAAGGUUUGUGGAUUAGUGGAUGCUUCAUACAUACUGCGUGUUACUGUAUCUCCCUGUGAGAAUAAAAAAGAUUGUCUGUGUGGGUGUGUGUUGAUCGAUCCAGUGGUUUAAUUUACAUGAUUGUGCGUGUGUGUGCGUUUGUGUUGAUCGAUCCAGUGGUUUAAUUUACAAGAUUGUGCGUGUGCGUGCGUUUGUGUUGAUCGAUCCAGUGGUUUAAUUUACAUGAGUGUGUGUGUGCGUUUGUGUUGAUCGAUCCAGUGGUUUAAUUUACAUGAUUGUGUGUGUGUGCA